AUGACCCCCUGGCAAUCCGGGGUCCCCGCCGCCGCUACCCCGGCCGCCGCCCACGCCAUCUCGCCCACCGGCCUAUCCCUCGACGGCUCCUCCCCAUCCAUGACCUGGCGCCCCGACGAGUUUACCCUGAACCAGGGGUACCAAGAAUACCGUGACGAGCUGCGCAGCCUCAUCUUCCACACCGCGCAAUCCCACGGCGCUUCGGGCUCCGUUGCCCCGCCGCGAGACCCAGACCUCAUCGCUCUGUUAGCCGAGGAGCAGCGCCGCGAAACGGCCACCAUCCUCGCCGCGGGCGCCGGCUCCCGCGUCAAGUACCUCGCCAACUACGUGGACCAAGUCGCCCCCUGGCUCGACAUGUUCGACAGCGACCGCGCCUUCGGCACCCAAAUCACCUCCCUCGCCCGCACCUCCCCCGCCCUGCUCUACUCCGUCCUCGCCCUCUCCGCCCGCCAGACGGAGCGCAAGGCCGGCGGCCGCGCCCACUCCUUUGACAGCCUCGAGCUCUACCAGGAAGCCAUCCGCCUGCUCGCCCCGCUGCUCGAGGCCCGCGACGUCCAAGUCAUACCCAUCUGCACCCUGCUGUGCUGCCUCGAGAUGAUGUCCGCCAGCGCCCAGGAUUGGCGCAAGCACCUCGAGGGCUGCGCCGCCCUCUUCAGCACUUUCGGCGUCCACGGCUUCAGCGGCGGGCUGCUCCAAGCCGUGUUUUGGUGCUACGCUCGCAUGGACGUCUGCGGAGCCCUCAUCUCCGACGGCACCGAAUCCACCCUCCUCCCCCUUCGCAAUGGCUCACCCCUUAUCCAACGCCUCGGCCUCCCCUCCCCCAACGCCCGCGCCCUCUUCCGCGCCUCCCCGCACCCGGACAUGCACGCCAACUACGCCGUCUACCUCUGCGCCUGCGCCUGCGAGCUCCUCGCCCAACGCACCCGCUUCCUCGAGCUCGGCGAGCGCAACGGCUGCGCCGGCCCGGGCUUCGAGGACCGCUGGCUCGCCCUCUGGGACGAGCUGCAGGCCUGGCUCGCCGACCGGCCCCGGACUUCGUCCCCGCCAAGAUCGUCGAGACCAGCCCCUUUCCCGAGAUCCUCUACUCCCGCUGCCCCUCCGCCUCCGCGGCGCCCCGGCACGGGCUCCGUCGCUUCCCCGCUCUGGCACGCCAAGCGCGUCUGCGGCAUCUCUUGGACGAACCCCCACCACGGGUGCCUCAACAACGCUAUACAGCCGCUAUGGGUGGCCGGGAGACUCCUCACUCACAAGUCCGAGCACCAAGUCCUCGUACGGCUGAUUUGGAACAUUGAAGCGUUGACCGGAUGGGGUACGUGCUGGCGCAUCGCCGAUCUGGAGGAGGUGUGGGGCUAUAGGGUAAAAAGGAGCGGGUUCUAG